AUGUCAGUGCUCACCGAGAAACAAUUUACAGAAGCGCUACCAUCUAGUUUAGACCUGUUUGAAUUAUCGCCUUAUCAGACCAGCAUCUUACUGCAUUAUUAUGUGGAUGUGCGUCCCCUCUCUGCCAUCACAGACACCAGUCCAGUGGAAUUUCUCAUCCCCGGAGCAGGUAGUGACUAUAUGGACCUUGCUAAAACAAGACUUGUUGUCAAUCUCAAAGUGAAACAUACCGACAACACACCCCUGGCUGCUAAAGAGAAAGUCGGACCAGUAAACCUGUUGUUAGCCUCAUUGUGGUCGGCUGUGUCUGUCGCUUUUCAAGGGCAGCAGGUAAAUAUCAACAAUGCUGCUUACCCCUACAAGGCCAUGUUCAAAACUUUACUGCAAUAUGGAGCAGAUGCUAAAACCAGUCAGCUGGAAACUCAAUUGUUUUAUACCGACAAUGGGGAUGAUCAAUCUGAUUGGAACAGUGUCGACCCCUAUUCAGGCGGAAACGAUGGAUUAAUUAACAGAGGCUUAUUUAUCGCCAAAAGCAAACGACUCAGUCUCAGUGGACCUUUGAUGGAAGAUGUUUUUGAAUUUAAAAACAAACUGGUCAACGGAGUCGAUGUGGGUAUCAAACUGUUUCGAUCAUCAGUACCUUUCAUCUUAAUGUCCGACGAGACUACAAAACAGUAUGUUGUUGAACUGGAAGAUGUCUAUCUCAAAGUGUGCAAACUAAAAGUGAACAAUGCCCUCAUUGUGGCUCAAAGCAAACAAUUUGAGUCAGCCAAUGCACUGUACCCCUACAUGAGAUCAGAGAUGAAAGUGGCCUCUGUGGCAGCGAGUCAGAUGUCCUACACCUGGGACAACAUGUAUCUGAACAAAUGUCCCUCCCGUUUGGUGGUUGGCAUGGUCAGAGCAGACGCUUACAACGGAAGUCUCACCAAAAACCCAUUUUGUUUCAUAGGAGAGGAUGUGGAAAAGGUUACCUUGUAUCUGGACGGCACACCAGUUCCCAAUCGAGGACUGUCGCCGGAUGACGUAGAGGCCUAUGUGAAUAUGUACCUAUGGAACAACAUCUGGAGAGAAGACAGAGGUCUGGGAAUAAAGAGAAAUGAGUUUAAAAUUGGAAAUGCACUCUUUGUCUUCAAUUUGGAAAGUGCCAGUGGAGACGACGACUAUUUGAACCUACUUAAAUCAGGUACACUGAGACUGGAAGUUCAGUUUAAUAAAGCUCUUACCACCACCAUGAACAUCGUAGUCAUGUCACAAAUGCCCUCCUUAAUCGAAAUCGAUCAGACAAGAAAUGUGUUUGUCAAGUGA